UAUACUAACUAAAGCGUAACGCUAUUGGAGUUCGCUCUCUUUUCUCGUUUCAAUCUUCUCAUUCCCUCCUCCUUGCUAAUUGAAUUUUCGCUCCUCAAUUCUUUCUUUUUCGAAACUCCACUCAUUCCAUGAAAGUGCAAGAAAACCAAGAAUCAACCUAAGUCUGAUCUCAUUUCCAGUGCGAUCCUAGGGUUUUUUUAAACCAAAAUUGAACCUUCAGUUCUAUAUUAUAGGCUCCUCUCCUCGAGAAGAUGUCGAGGGAAGAGGAGAUUGUGAUGCGUGAUGUCGCCAAUGCAGGGUUAGUUGUUAGCGACCGCCUUGGUCGUGAAGUUGCCGCGCAGCUCGACCUUGAAGAAGCUCUAGAAGCUUCCAGAUAUGCAAGUCACCCUUAUUCCACUCACCCUAGGGAGUGGCCUCCUCUGGUUGAGGUAGUGGAUACUCGGGAAUUACCUUCUGUACUUGUUGAGAGAUAUAAUGCAGCAGGAGGGGAGGGGACUGCUUUAUGUGGAAUAUUUCCAGAGAUAUGUAGGGCAUGGGCUUCAGUAGAUAAUUCAUUGUUCAUUUGGCGCUUUGAUAAGUGGGAUGGGCAGUGCCCUGAAUACAGUGGGGAAGAGCAAGCUAUUUGUGCUGUCGGACUUGCCAAAUCUAAACCUGGCAUUUUUGUUGAAGCUAUUCAAUAUCUUCUAGUAUUGGCAACUCCUGUUGAGUUGAGUCUUGUAGGCGUAUGCUGCUCUGGAGGAGUUGAUGGAACGGAUCCUUUUGCGGAGGUUUCACUACAGCCCUUGCCAGAAUAUACAAUACCCUCUGAUGGAGUCACCAUGACUUGUAUAACAUGUACUGAUAGGGGCCGUAUUUUCCUAUCUGGUCGUGAUGGCCACAUUUACGAGUUGCUUUACACAAGUGGUUCAGGCUGGUAUAAACGUUGCCGUAAAGUUUGCCUUACUGCAAGUGUUGGCAGUGUGAUAUCAAGGUGGGUUGUACCAACUGUAUUUAAGUUUGGUGCUGUAGAUCCCAUUGUUGAAAUGGUUGUUGAUAAUGAAAGGCAGAUUUUAUAUGCACGAACUGAGGAGAUGAAGCUUCAGGUUUUUGUGCUAGGUCCAAAUGGAGAUGGUCCAUUGAAGAAGGUGACAGAAGAAAGGAACCUAUUAAAUCAAAGGGACAUACAGUAUGGAGGUCGCCAGUCUACAGCAUCAAGAGCCCCAAGUCGGUCAACAAAGCCGUCUAUAGUUUGUAUUUCACCUUUAUCCACACUGGAAUCGAAGUGGCUGCAUCUUGUUGCUGUUUUGUCAGAUGGCAGAAGGAUGUACCUUUCCACAUCCUCAUCAAGUGGAAAUAAUGGUACUGUCGGAAGUUUGGGUGGAUUCAGCAAUUAUCACAGGCCAAGCUGUUUGAAAGUUGUGACAACUAGGCCUUCUCCUCCCUUGGGGGUCAGCAGUGGGCUUGCUUUUGGGGCUCUAUCUCUAGCGGGAAGAACACAGAACGAAGAUCUUUCUCUAAAGGUUGAAACAGCAUAUUAUUCUGCAGGAACUCUUAUUCUCUCUGAUUCCUCGCCGCCUACCAUGUCUUCUCUUCUAGUUGUUAGCAGGGAUUCAAGCUCCCAAUCAUCUCAGCCUGGUAAUUUAGGAACAAGUUCUAGGAGCUAUAGAGCAUUACGGGAAUCUUUGUCUACUUUACCCGUUGAGGGUCGAAUGCUUUUUGUAGCAGAUGUUCUGCCCUCACCUGACACAGCUGCCACUGUGCAGUCACUGUAUUCUGAACUUGAAUUUUGUGGAUUUGAUAUCAUAGGAGAAUCCUGUGAAAGGGCAUCUGUAAAACUAUGGGCUAGAGGUGAUCUUUCAACUCAGCACAUACUGCCAAGGAGGAGGAUUGUUAUUUUCAGUACUAUGGGAAUGACGGAAAUGGUUUUCAACAGACCUGUAGAUAUUCUGAGAAGAUUGCUUGAGUCCAACUCUCCAAGAUCAAUCUUGGAGGAAUUUUUCAAUCGAUUUGGAGCUGGUGAGGCAGCUGCAAUGUGUCUUCUCCUAGCUGCAAGGAUUGUUCAUUCCGAAAAUCUUAUAAGCAAUUUAGUUUCUGAAAAGGCAGCUGAAGCUUUUGAGGACCCCAGAAUUGUUGGAAUGCCACAACUUGAAGGUAGCAGUGCAUUCGCUAACACUAGAACCGCAGCGGGAGGUUUCAGUAUGGGCCAGGUUGUUCAGGAGGCUGAGCCUGUGUUUUCAGGUUCACAUGAAGGGCUUUGCCUCUGCUCCUCGAGAUUGCUGUUUCCUGUCUGGGAACUUCCUGUGAUGGUUGCUAGAGGUGGCUAUGGUGCCACGUCAGAGAAUGUAGUUAUUGUAUGCAGACUUUCUAUUGGGGCUAUGCAAGUCCUUGAAAACAAGAUUCGUUCCUUAGAGAAGUUUCUAAGGUCCAGGAGGAAUCAGAGAAGGGGACUUUAUGGAGCUGUGGCUGGGUUAGGAGAAAUGGGGGGUUCUAUUUUGUAUGGAACUGGUUCAGAAUUAGUUGCUGGAGACAGGAGGAUGGUUGGAAACUUGUUUGGUUCUUAUUCAAGGAAUGCUGAAUCAAAUGGUGUUGGGGCAUCCAAUAAAAGGCAGCGGCUGCCUUUUAGUCCUGCUGAAUUGGCUGCCAUGGAGGUGAGGGCGAUGGAAUGUAUCAGGCAAUUGCUUCUUAGAUCUGCUGAAGCCCUUUUCUUGCUUCAGCUUCUUUCUCAACAUCAUGUAACACGCCUGGUUCAAGCAUUUGAUGCUAACUUAAAGCAGGCACUACUUCAACUGACAUUUCAUCAACUUGUCUGUGCUGAGGAGGGUGAUCUUUUUGCAACAAGGCUUAUUUCUGCUUUGAUGGAGUAUUAUACUGGUCCUGAUGGCAGGGGCACAGUUGAUGAUAUAAGCGGGAGGUUACGUGAAGGAUGUCCAAACUAUUUCAGGGAGUCCGAUUACAAGUUCUUCUUAGCUGUCGAAUGUCUUGAAAGAGCUGCUGUAAUGCUGGAUUCUGAAGAGAAAGAGAAUCUUGCUAGACAGGCCUUUAACUUUUUGAGUAAAGUUCCAGAAUCUGCAGAUUUACGAACUGUUUGCAAACGCUUUGAAGACUUAAGAUUCUAUGAAGCUGUGGUGCGCUUACCUCUUCAAAAGGCCCAAGCUCUUGAUCCUGCAGGUGAUGCUCUCAAUGAACAAAUUGAUGCAUCAAUCCGAGAACAUGCACUUGCUCAGCGUGAAAUUUGCUAUGAGAUAAUUGCUAGUGCUUUGAGGUCUCUAAAAGGCGAUGUUGUACAGAAAGAAUUUGGGUCUGCUGUUAGGCCCGCUAUGUCAAGAACUGCUAUUGAUCAGAGCUCAAGGAAAAAGUAUAUAUGCCAGAUUGUUCAGCUUGGUGUCCAAUCACCUGACAGGGCAUUUCAUGAGUACCUGUACAGGACUAUGAUUGAUUUGGGUCUUGAAGAUGAGUUGUUGGAGUAUGGAGGUCCAGAUUUGGUGCCUUUUCUUCAAAGUGCUGGUCGUGAGCCUAUACAAGAGAUUACUGAAUUUGUCAAUUUCAGGCGCCAAUACCUAAGCAAUGCAGUUCUACAGGCCAAGAAUGCUAGCAAUACUGAUAGUCUGGCAGGCUCUGCCAAGGGUGCUCUUGACCGUGGAUUGUUAGAUUUACUUGAAGGCAAGCUCGCAGUUCUCCAGUUCCAGAUAAAAAUAAAAGAGGAGCUGGAGGCUAUAGCUUCCAGAAUGGAAUUGUCUGCUGGUGCAUCAGAAUCUGUUGAAAAUGGAUCUGUCCCUAAUACAAGUGUUACUGCCGAUGCAAGUCUUGUGAAGGCUGCAGAAGAGAAGGCUAAAGAGCUAUCUUUGGAUCUAAAAAGCAUAACUCAACUGUAUAAUGAAUAUGCCGUCCCCUUCGAACUUUGGGAGAUUUGUCUGGAAAUGUUAUACUUUGCAAACUAUUCUGGUGAUGCUGACAGCAGCAUCGUAAGAGAAACAUGGGCAAGACUUAUGGAUCAAGCUCUUUCAAGAGGUGGGAUUGCUGAAGCUUGUUCAGUUCUAAAGAGGGUUGGUUCCCGCAUAUAUCCUGGAGAUGGAGCUAUUUUGCCGCUGGAUACUUUAUGUCUUCAACUUGAGAAGUCUGCUAUGGAGAGACUGGAUUCAGGAGUUGAAUCUGUUGGGGAUGAAGAUGUAGCGAGAGCUCUUCUUGCUGCUUGCAAGGGUGCAGCUGAACCUGUGUUGAACACUUAUGAUCACUUAUUAUCAAAUGGAGCUAUAUUGCUGUCACCCAACCUCAAAUUACGCUUCCUUAGAUCAGUGCUAGUGGUACUUCGUGAGUGGACUAUGUCAGUGUUUGCACAAAGAAUGGGUACAAGUACAACAGGGGCUUCUCUAAUAUUAGGUGGCACAUUUUCGGCGGAGCCGACAACAGUAGCUAACAAAGGGAUACGAGAUAGGAUCACAAGUGCAGCUAACAGGUAUAUGACUGAGGUGCGGAGGUUAACCCUGCCACAAAGUUUGACGGACACUGUUUACCGUGGAUUCCGAGAACUUGAAGAGUCUCUAAUGAGUCCUUUUUCUUAUGACCGGUUUUGAUUGUAUUCUCAUUGUAUGUUGUAUGGGGUAUUUUAUAGUUCUAUGUAGCCCUUGAAAAUAAUUUCAACACGAAUUCUUUAUGUAACAUUAUGAGUGAUAAUUCUUUUAGUAUAAUACCAUGAGUAUUUGAAAUCUCAUGCAUAUUUCCUCUUUAA